UUCAGUCGCACAGAAAAAAGAAAGCUCCAGGAACGAGUUGUUAUUAUUGGAUUCGCAAAAGGGGAGUGUAUCCGCCUCUCCACGCCCAGCAGGAGCUUGCAUUCCUCCUCUUUUGCACAGCACAAGUGACGAAAGGUGAUCACUGAGGUACAAUGAGCCUGACGACCACACGGGCGCCACGUUCAGUACGAGAAAGAGGCUGCAGUAGAAGUGGCGGGAAACGACAAACCAAUUGGGCGGAAUUCUAUAAGAACGGGCCUCCCCAGGAAGUCAUUGUAAUCGAAGAUGAUACUCCACCACCUCCGUCUUCUUCCUCAGCUUCAUACUCGCACUACCAGCGUCAUCAACAAGUUCCUGGGAGUGGCAGUAGCAGUAAUAGCAACAGCAGCAGCAAUGGUUACGGUGGUGGUGGCGGUGGCAGCACUCGGAGCAGCUAUCAUCGGGACAACCAUCAUCCCCCUCUUCCUCCGCAAGCGUCUCAUCAGCAGCAUGAUUCUUCGACCUCUUAUCCGUUGAGGGCUUCGCCACGAUCCUAUGCGAUGCCGCCACCAUCAUCAUCCUUACCACACCAUGUCAGUCAUACCAGCUCAGAUCACAACCAUUCCUCAAAUCACCAAACCGGUUUUGAGGGGAGUCAUGAUGGCCACUAUCAUCAUCCCUCUAUUCUAACAGCGGUGGCGCCCAGCAUGCUACUAGAGCCUUCAAGUAGGACAUCAAGACGGCUUAACAAGAGACCACCUUCCGCAGAACUGGUUCCCCUUGGAUCCAAUGGAUCAUAUCCUCAUCCAUCAUAUCAGCACUAUCAACCUUCGCAACAACACCAGCAACCUCUUUAUCUCUCACUUUCUGGUGAUCAUGAUCCAUACUACUCGGGUUCGUCGUCUUAUUCGUCAGCAUAUCAUUAUCCACCCCCAUCAUCACCCCAGCGCUACCAUCAAUCACAUCAUCAUUAUGAUCACUACAGCCGCCCUUACCAAUAUUCCAGUUCUAGGUAUCCACAUGACUAUGGAGAUUCUUCAGAGUUGACAGCGCCGGAUACGAUACCGCCGCCCAGAAAAAGGAGAAAAUCAAACUCGGCUGUCAAAUAUAUUGCACCCCCUUCACAUCAGUCGUCCACUUCACAGAAUGGCCAUGGAUAUUCUAGUGGAGGCGGAGGUUAUUAUCAUCAACAGCAUGAGCCUGUUGCGGCUAAAGUUCCGCCCGCAUCUAGUCGAGAUCCUCCAGCAACAUCUACUCCUUGGGAUGAUAAAGAAGGCCAUUACAUUGUUGUUCCUAAUGAAGAUUUGACUCCUCGAUACAAAAUCAUUCGUCUCUUGGGACAAGGAACGUUUGGAAAGGUUGUCGAAUGUUUUGAUCGUGAGACUGGGAAACAUUGUGCGAUUAAAAUCAUUAGGGCUGUUCAAAAAUACCGGGAGGCUAGCAAGAUUGAGGCUCGUGUCUUGGAUACGCUUAAGCAACAUGAUCCGCAGAAUCGAUAUCAAUGCUUGCAUCUGAACGAAUGUUUUGACUAUCGAAGGCACGUUUGUAUGGUGUUUGAUCUUCUUGGUCAGUCGAUCUAUGACUGGCUUAAAGACAAUGCGUUCUGCCCUUUUCCACCCAAUCAAAUCCAGCAUUUCGCACGACAAUUGUUCAAUAGUGUCGCAUUUCUUCAUCGACUACGAUUGAUCCAUACGGACUUGAAGCCUGAGAACAUUCUUCUUGCAAAUGGAGCGUAUCGGCAAGCCCCGUAUAAGAAAUCUGCAUCGAAAACAAGGAGGAUUCUAUUGGAUCCAGAGAUUCGGCUUAUUGACUUUGGAAGCGCUACGUUUCAAAAUGAACAUCAUUCAACUAUUGUUAGCACACGACACUAUCGAGCUCCAGAGAUCAUUCUAGGCCUUGGUUGGUCUUACCCAUGCGAUAUUUGGUCAAUUGGUUGUAUCUUGGUUGAAUUUUUAACAGGCGAGGCAUUAUUUCAGACACACGACAAUUUGGAGCAUCUGGCCAUGAUGCAAGCAGUUUUGGGACCCAUUCCGGACAAACUCAUACGCGCAUCUCAUAAAUCCUCUCAGAAAUACUUUGUACAUGGACGGCUCGAUUAUCCAAAUGAUGAGACUAAGCGAAAUAGUCGGAAAUAUGUCAAAGCAUUGAAGCCAUUACGGGAAUAUGUAAUCCCAUCCGAAAGUGGCAGCAAUGGAAAUCGUGAAGAGAUCAGUGAUUUCUCACUUGACUUUGUGGACCUACUCAGUCGGCUAUUAACUUAUGACCCAGCGGAACGUAUCACAGCAGCAGAGGCAUUACGACAUCCCUUUUUCAAUUAUAUUGUGGAUGAGAAUGGACAAAUCCUUGGAAUGAAGAAGUCAUCCUCGUCUUCAUCUUCUUAUAGGUAGUAUCCUUCUUAUAUCCCACCCUUUUAUCAUGU